GACGUGCAUUUAAGCAGUGAGGAAACAUUCUGGGUAGCUCCGAGGCGGUUUUCCCUGCGCGGGAGACUUAAAAAUGUGUUAGUCCAGACCCUUUUGAGCCCAGACAGCGAUCGGAGGCGGCGAGUCACGCGUUUCAGAGAAACCUCCGACGCGUCGGCGAGCGCCGAGUAACGGUCCAAGGUAUUUCAACUGUUCAGAGACAACUUCAUAUAUAUAAUGUACCCAGAAAUGACCAGAAAACAUUAGGGAAAGAAAGUGGAAUAUAUUAAGCAAGAUGAACUUUUCAGGAAGCAGUUGUGGAAGCCCUCCUUCUGCAGCUGUAUCUAAUGACUUUAGGGAACUGUGGACAAAAUUAAAGGAGUACCAUGAUAAAGAAGUACAAGGUUUACAAGUAAAAGUAUCCAAACUAAAAAAAGAACGAAUUUUAGAUGCACAGAGACUAGAAGAAUUCUUCACCAAAAAUCAACAGCUCAGAGAGCAGCAAAAAUUCCUUCAUGAAACCAUUAAAGUUUUAGAGGAUCGAUUAAGAGCAGGCUUAUGUGAUCGCUGUGCAGUAACUGAAGAACAUAUGCGGAAAAAACAGCAGGAGUUUGAGAAUAUCCGGCAACAGAAUCUUAAACUAAUUACAGAACUUAUGAAUGAAAAGAAUACUCUCCAGGAAGAAAAUAAAAAGCUUUCUGAACAACUACAGCAGAAAAUUGAGAAUGAUCAACAGCAACCAGCUGAGCUUGAAACUGAGGAAAAUGUUAUUCCAGAUUCACCAAUAACAGCCUUUUCUUUUUCUGGCGUUAAUCGGCUACGAAGAAAAGAGAACCUUCAUGUCCGUUAUGUAGAACACACACAUACUAAACUGAAGCAUACCGUGUGUACAAAUGAAUUAAGAAAGAUUUCAAAGACUUCAACUCAAUUGCAACAGAACCCUGGUGAAAAUGAAAUUCUUGUGGCUGACACUUGUGAUCAAAAUCAACCUCCAGCUAAUAGAAUACAUGGAACAAACAAUUACCCCACUGCUAAAUCAUCUUUUAAUAAUCCUACAGUUGUUGCUGAGACACUUGGAAUUAAUAGUCAAGAAGAAUCUGAAUCUCAAGGUCCCAUGAGCCCUCUUGGUGAGGAGCUCUAUCACUGUCUGGAAGGAAGUGACAAGAAACAACCUUUUGAGAAAUCUUCAAGGCAUAGUGAAGAUACUUUAAGAUUUCUAGAUUCUACUCCAAAGACUCCACCUCGGGAAGAAAUGACUUCUCGGGCAUCUUCUCCUGUGUUUGGAGCUACCCCUAAUGUGAAAAAUGGUUUAGGUUUGAAUAUAAGUUUGUCUCCUUCUCUUUUGGAGACUGGAACAAAAGGUCAUUUGAGAAUAGCACCUUUCAGCAACACUUCUAAUUCUAGAUCAGAGAAAGUUAGGUCAAAAUCUGAAGAUGGUUCUCUUUUCAUACAUCAUAAUAUUGUGUCUGAAGUGAGCAAAAUUUUUGGCCAGUCAUCUUCUAAUAAGCAUAUGCUUGCAAAGAAAAAUGCAGGUGAAUCCAUAGGUGAAAAGGAUAGUGCAGAUCAUAUUAAUGGUGCUGUUAUGGAUAAACAUUUGAUGCCUCUGAAAUUAUUGGGAGGCAGAAUAUCCAAAAGGAAGAAAACUGAGGAAGAAAGUGAAGAUGAAGUAAACUGCCCCCAAGCCUCUUUUGAUAAGGAAAAUGCUUUCCCUUCCCCAACGGAUAGUCAUUGUACCAUGAAUGGAGACUAUGUGAUGGAUAAGCCUCUGGAUCUCUCAGACCGAUUUUCAGCUGUUCAAGAGAAAGGUCAAGAAAGCAGUCAAGGAAGUGAGACCACUAUAACCAGACUCAGGCAAUUAAAUCUUUAUGAGACUUUAAAGCCCAUAUCAAAAGGCUCUUCUUCCUUUAGCCGAAAGACCCUAAGUGGGAGCUCUCUGUCAACCAAAGAUUCCUCAGGGGAAGAGCCAUGUUUACAGGACUGCAUCCUCCAGUCCCUGAAUAAAUCCUCUCCAGAUAAUAAAACAUCAUUACAAGUUAAGGAAGAAAAUCCCAUCUUUAAGAUCCCUCUACGUCCAAGUGAGAGUUUAGAGACAGACAGUCUUUUUGAUGACAUGAAGGAUGCUGGUUCUCAUGAGCCAAUUAAAAAAAAAAGAUCAGUCCAUGGAGCAUGUGAACUUGCAUCAGUUCUUCAGUUAAAUCCUUGUAGAAUUGCUAAAACACAGUCCAUACAAAACAACCAAGAUGUAUCCUUUGAAAAUAACCAGUGGAGUAUUGAUCCAGGAGCUGACCUUUCUCAGUAUAAAAUGGAUAUUACUGUAAUAGAUACAAAGGAUCAAAGUCAGUCAAAAUUAGCAGGGGGAGAGACAGUGGAUGUGGACUGUACAUUGGUUAGUGAAACGGUACUUUUAAGAAUGAAGAAACAAGAGCAAAAAGGAGAAAAAAGCCCAGAUGGAGAAAGAAUAAUGAAUGAUAGUUUAGAAGAUAUGUUUGAUCGGACAACACAUGAAGAAUAUGAUUCCUAUUUGCCAGAUUGUUUCUCACAAGUAGCAGGUGAAGAAGAAUUGUCAGCUACCACAAAGAAACCAAAUGCUCAUGGUGAUAAACAAGAUAAAAUCAAACGGAAAGCAUUUGUGGAGCCAUAUUUUAAAGAUGACGAAAGAGAGAACAAUGUACAAAAUUUUCCUCACAUUGAGGUAAUUCGGAAAAAGGAAGAGAGAAGAAAAUUGCUUGGACACACGUGUAAGGAAUGUGAAAUUUAUUAUGCAGAUUUUCCAGCUGAAGAAAGAGAAAAGAAGCUGGCUUCCUGCUCAAGACACCGAUUCCGAUAUAUUCCUCCUAACACUCCAGAGAAUUUCUGGGAAGUUGGUUUUCCUUCCACUCAAAUUUGUAUGCAAAGAGGAUACAUUAAAGAAGAUCUUGAUCCUUGUCCUCGUCCAAAGAGGCGGCAGCCUUACAAUGCAAUGUUUUCACCGAAAGGCAAGGAGCAGAAGACAUAAACGUUCAAGCAAAAACAGGACCUAUUUUUUCUUCUUAGUUAUUUAUAGUUAAAACUGAUGUUAAACAUUAAUAUUUUGAUCUUCUUUAAACUGAUUUAUAAAUCAUUUUUCUAUUGAAAAUGUUUUUGAAUGGCAUUUACCCACCAUACACAUCUGUUUAAACGGUGGAUAAGUUUGUCGGAUUUUCUUGCUUUUGCACCUUUAAAACAAUAAGGUGCUUUCAUUUUGCACUCUAACUUAAGAGUUGUUGAUGUACUUUAUUUGUUAAUACCUAAUUACAAUUUUGAAAAUAAUAUAGUUGUAGUCUGUGAUUUGUUACCUAUCUUAUUUUUCUUCUCCUCCAUCUUUCCUUGCUAUUUACAUCCAGCAGUGACUUCGUGUUAAUCACUACAAAUUUUAAUUCUCUUAAUCAUUUGGCCCUCCGUAGGUUGUUACAGUGUCUGACAUUUAAGUCUUCUAAAGGGCUACAUAUAAUAGUCUUUAACCUUCCAGUUUCUUCCUUC